UAUACAUGCAAUUCUUAGAAACCAGACAAAUUAAGGCUCCACAAAAUGUUAUUCCUAAUUUCUUUCUUAUAAUUAAAAAUAUCAUAACACAGUUAACAAACAUAACAUCAAUUAUGUUGACAUGUGAAUGUGACUUGUCCAUAAAUCAUAUACCAUCAACAACUUGUCUUCAAUUAGGUAAUUGUCUUUAAAUAGACAAAAACUUAUCCAAACAAAUUAAAACUUGUUUUUUCAUAUGAACAUUUCUCCUCACCUUCAUUCAAAUUUGAUAUAUUAUCACAAUAAAACAGUGAGAUAAAGAUAUACAAGCAAAGGCAUUGGGAAUAUAUCUACAUACAUACAUAUAUAUAGAUAUAUUGUAUGUAUGUACAACAUGGUCUCAGGCAAUAAUUGCAGUUAUUUUCUGGACAAGAUGAAGCCCAUGAGAGAUGAGCAAAUGAUGAGGUUGCUUGCUGGUUUUUAUCGGGCGAGAAGCAUCUCGGCCGUAGGUGUUGAUGAUCAUCAUCAAUGGCUGGGAUUUUCUUAUGAUGGGUUUGAAGGUGAUGAUUGUUUUGGGGAUGAUGAUUGGCCUGCUGAAGAUGAUGAUCAAGAAGAUUGCAGAAUAUUCUGGGAAACUCAAGGGUUCUUGCUUCAGGAAAUAUUGGAUCAAUGCAACUCAAGUUGUGGAAAGUUGAAGGAACAAAUAAAAAGAAACAUAGACAUAGCUAAAGGCUCCAACUUCUGCAAUUGUUUGGACAAUAACCUGAGAGGCUGUUGUAAUAACUGCCUAAGGCAUACUGUGGUUAAUCAGCUAUGCAGCAAAGGUUUCNAAAAAAAAAAAAAAAAAGAGAGCUCGACUGGCUAUUUCAUUUAUGCAGGGACUCAUGAAUACAUUGAAGUACUCGUGAGCACGAAAUCAAGAAGCAAGCACGUGAAGUUCGUGGUAGAAUUAGGGUUCCAGGACGAGUUCAAGAUGGCAAAAGCCUGUGAUGAGUACAAUAAACUGACCGAUCAGCUGCCCGAAAUCUACAUAGGCAAAACCGAACACAUGAAUGCCGUGAUUCGUGUGGUUUGUGAAGCGGCCAAGAAGUCGGCCAAGGAGAGAAAGAUACAUCUGGGGCCGUGGAGAAAGAGGAACUUCAUGGAAAUGAAAUGGUCAGCAUCGAUCGAGGGAAAAUUCCUCUGUAAUUCAUCAGACGAGCAUCUGGUUCGGGUUAGUUCAUCUGGAUCACCCAUGAAAGUUGCUUAG